AUGGGAACCAAGGGCUUGGCCUCGGGGCCGCUCAGCCGCCCCACGGGGGAGCGGGCGGACGCGGUCGGGGUCGCUUACCGCGCCCGCUGGAGCCGCGCCGGUCCGUCGCCGCCUGGCUCGCUCGGGCCGCACCCGGCCGCUCGGCGUCCGGACCCCCCUCACCCGUUCCAGCCGCCGCCGCCGCCGCCGCGAGCCCGCGACGCUAGUCGGGCUGCUCCCUCAGCCCGCGCCCCUCCGCUCCGGAGCGUGGAGGUGUCGGGCUCCGCCGCGGAAGGCGGGAGAUUUAAACCCGGCGGCCCGGCGCGCGCCUCCGCCGCGCCGCCCUGGCUGCCGCGGCGUCCACGCGCGGGGCUCUCGGACCGGACGUGGUGGGCUCGGGUUUCCCAGGGUCCAUCCUGGAGUGGGCUCGGGAACCCUCCCGGCCCGACCCCCGGCCCCGAAGGCGUGUUGACUUAA